UUUCACCCAUUAUACGGAAAGAAAAAAAAAAACACAACACGCACCUGGAUAAACACCAAACAUCCCCCUUGAACUCGUCGAACCGGAAGUUGGUCGGACGACGGUAGACGGUAAGAAGAAGACGGCAGUCUCGUCACCGCCGCCGCCAAUAUACUUUAAUCAAAGAGGAAAAAAGGUUCUGUAAAAAUGAAUACACCUCCUCCGGUUCUGAAAAAGCCGAAGAUUGAAACCGAAGAAGAAAAAGCCAAUGGAAUUGAAGAAGAGAACAGAAAGGAGCAAGAGGAAGCACUUGUAGCUCUCAUUGAACACCGCACUAAAGAAGUCGAACAUCUUCGCCAACGCCUCUCCUAUUACACUUCUCAGUUCGAUCAAGCAGAGAAGAGGCUAGAGGAGACACAGCUGAAAUUAGCUCGUCUUCGGGGACGAGAGAACAUAGCAACAUCCACAAGCUCCCGUGGGAAUGGGACGAGUCCAGUGACAGCCAAAAGAAGAUCCCCAAGUCCCAUCCAGAUAAAUGAGGGCUCUUCUCAUAGCUUGUCUGAAACUAAACCA